AUGCGUUCCUUGAACAGCAAGUAUUGCCCCUGGCCGUCCAGAUCGCUCAGCAGCUCUCUCUCUCUCCUCUCUCUCUCUCCCUCUCCCUCUCACUAUCAAUUCCCAAAAUUCGCUCGCCGUUUUCACCCUCACUAGUCAGAAUCUAUGGGUCUCAUUCAAUGUUCUCUGUAACUCUACAUAUGGACAUGCGCCGUUCAAGGUUUUAACCCCUCAAUGCUCUCAUGCAAAGCCCACUCUCCAUCUAUCUCUCUCGUUUACAGACUCCACGGGAAUCCAAGCAUUGAACCCCCUUGCUCCCCUAUUUAUACUCCUCCAUCUCACAUUUUCUCCUCACCGUCCAUCAUCUUCUCCUUUGGCUACGCUGUGUCGAUCUUCUUUCUUUUCUAUUUCUAUGCUGUAAUGGAGUUGGGUUUGGUUUCCAAGGAUACCAACUGGUGGGUGUUCACACUCCCUGCUUUUCUUGGAUCCGGAAACUUACUUGAUGGGUAUGUUUUGGGGUCUUUGUUAAUUGCUUUUGCCUGUACUUCGCUUGUUGCCUGGGGUUUUGCUGUUGGUGGGAUCGCCUGGAAGAAUAGGAGGAAUGAAAGAGGGCGUGUUUCUAUUCCUGGGGCUCGAGGUCUUCCUAUCUUUGGAAGCUUGCUCACUCUCACUCGCGGGUUGGCUCACCGCUCGCUGGCUUCUAUGGCUGUCAGUAGAGGUGCUACACAGCUCAUGGCUUUCAGCCUUGGUUCCACUCCGGUUGUGGUAGCUUCUGACCCUCACACCGCCCGUGAAAUCCUGGCCUCCCCUCACUUUGCCGAUCGUCCGAUCAAACAGUCGGCGAAGAGCCUCAUGUUUAGCCGCGCCAUUGGGUUUGCUCCAAAUGGUGCCCACUGGCGGCUCCUUAGAAGAAUUGCGUCGUCCCACCUCUUUGCGCCCAAGCGCAUCGCAGCCCAUGAAGCUGGCCGACAGCUAGACUGCGCCGCCAUGCUGUGCAGCAUAGCCGAUGAGCAGGCCCUGCAUGGGGCAGUGUGUUUAAGGAAGCAUCUUCAGGCGGCGGCUCUCAACAACAUCAUGGGUAGCGUGUUUGGUAAGAGGUACGAUCCGACGCAUGAUAGCAACGAACUCAAUGAGCUGAGAGCCAUGGUCAAAGAAGGGUUCGAGCUUCUUGGUGCUUUCAACUGGUCGGAUUAUCUUCCAUGGCUGAGCUACUUCUACGACCCGUUUCGUAUCAAUGAACGUUGCUCCAAACUCGUUCCCCGAGUCAGAAAACUCGUCCGAGGCAUCAUCCAGGAACACCGACUCGGUGAGUCCAGCAGGCUGUCUGAUAAUUCUGAUUUCGUCGACGUUCUCCUCUCUUUGGACGGCGAAGAGAAGCUUCAUGAAGACGACAUGGUUGCUGUGUUAUGGGAAAUGAUAUUCCGAGGCACUGAUACGACCGCACUGUUAACCGAGUGGGUCAUGGCCGAACUGGUGUUGCACCCUGAGGUACAAACCAAGCUUCAGACCGAACUGGACAUGAUGGUGAUGAACGAGAGCGUGACAGACGCUGACGUGGCCAAACUGCCCUACUUGCAGGCCGUAGUGAAGGAGGCUCUUAGGGUCCACCCACCGGGCCCACUCCUCUCCUGGGCCAGGCUGUCCACAUCAGAUGUCCAGCUCAGCAACGGCAUGCUCGUCCCCGCUAACACAACCGCCAUGGUCAACAUGUGGGCCAUCACCCACGACCCCAAAAUCUGGCCCAACCCGUCGGAAUUCAGCCCGGAGAGGUUCCUUGAGAGCGCGGGCGGGGCUGACGUGGACGUGAGAGGUAGCGACCUGAGGCUGGCUCCGUUCGGAGCUGGUCGUAGGGUGUGCCCAGGGAAGAACCUGGGUCUGGUCACCGUGAGCCUGUGGGUGGCCAAGCUGGUGCACCAUUUUAGGUGGAUCCAAGACGUGGCUCACCCAGUGGACCUGACCGAGUUGUUGAAACUCUCAUGUGAGAUGAAGAGUCCUCUGCAUGCUGUGGCUGUUAGAAGAAAUGGUAGUGCAUUAGAAUAGGGUUUAGGGUAUGAAUAUUCGGACUAGGGUUUUGGUGUGGAAGCUGUAUAUCUAAUCUACAGUGGUGUGUUUUUUUUUUUAAUGGUUUUUAAUUAAGGGUUUGGAAUUGGAGGCUCCAGUUUUGAGUGUGCUGUGAGGAGGCUCCUUCUAUUGGUUAGACACAGUAAUCAAAUACGUAAGCUGCUGUUUUCAUUUGUA